CUAUAAUCCUGCUAUGCAUCUUUUCUAUCAAGCUAUACAUUAUAUUGACAGUUGGUAGCAUUGAACGAUUCGCAAAAAGCUUUUUGACAGCCUGAGUCAGCCGACGACGGGUUAGCCUGUAUCAAUUUCCUACUGCGUAAAAUAUGAUAGAUGUGUUAUGGGUCACGCCAUGUUUGCAUGGCAGUUAAACGUCUACCCCUCCUGUAAGCGCUGUAGCCUGGCGAGUGGCGACGUUACGCGCAAGUUAUUAUCAGAGAAAUCGAUAUACGCGUAUAGCAGAAGGAAAGACAGAACCGUCGAUGGCCAUCGGGGCAGGCGCCGGAGGCACUGCCUCUCCACCAAUUGGCGCGCCCAGGAUACUCGGCUUCAAUCCGGAUGGCCGUAUCGUCUACAACUUGCCGCUGCUUAUGCGGUAUGACGGAAUCGGUACGCCUUGUUUCCACGAGAACUACUCACUAUCGUUAGAGGGUCGGCUGCCACGGGAGGUUUAUAACGACAUCCUUGAGCAGCUGAACGCUGCCCUGGCCUACCAUCACGACCUCUUCGCCACUUCCGUCGGGUCCUACCUGUACCUCAGUCUUACGGUGCUGACGUUGGGCCUGUUUGCGCCCUACUUGCUGUACAAACGGCACAAGCGGGAGCUAGCCCUGGAGGCAGCUGUGCGGUCCAUCAACGCCCGGUACGCGGCUAGCGGUAUCAACCUGCGUCACAACGUCGCCGCCGCUCGCAAACACAGCGCCGCCAUCGCCGCGGCUCGGGCUGCUGAGGAGGCUCACGGCGGGGCGCCUUGGACGUGGCAAGUGGACCUAGAGGUGGCGUGCAGCGUGUAGGUGGGUAGGUCAUACUAACGGUACGGUUUGAUGAGCCGUGUAAGUGAAUUGCCGUAAGUUUACGGCGUGUAAGAGGGUGGGGGGUGUAAGGGUGUGAUUUGGGUUUAUUGCUGGUUUGCUGCUUCAUGUGACAUUUGCCGCAUAGUGCAGUGCAGCCCUUCUGCAUGCUGUAAUGGACGGUGGGCAAGAGCGGCAGUGGUAUUUGCAACACAUUGAUCCUAUUCGGAGGCGUAUCUGUUGUACAUUGGGAGCAGCAGAAGGGUGGCGUGGGAUGCGGGCAGGCGCGGGAUGCGGGCAGGUGCGGAUGGGAGGUUUGGGGGCUGCUGCCGGGGUAUGUCGUAUUACUCAUGUUUCCUUGCAGUACGGCGCGGGUAACAGUGUCCUUUCUCAUAAUACAUAGGAAUUGGUUUGCAUCGAGUUUGAUCAGGAUCUUUCUUAGGCCUUACAUGUAGGCAGUUGAUACAGUAAUCAACCGCAAGGCCGUACAAUUCCGCUUCAUUCAUUGCCAUAAUAUUUCGCGACACAUACCGGUAUUGUUGUGACUCCCCUGCAUGCAUCACAGUCUAUAGUGUGCGCAUGCCGGGCGGUGUUUUGCUGUAUGGAAUUGGGCACUCUGUUUACGGUGGCUCUGGGCUUUGCUGAAGGAAAGGUUCUGGUGGUGUGAAGCUUUAACCGCUCAUGUACGUCGAAAGCUGCGGAAUGCAGUGUAAUGGGUGAUAUUGUCCGUGUGAUUGGACGUGACGUGAAUUGUCAUUUGCUCGACUGCUGUGCCAGCUUUGUACUCUUCCUGUUACCCUACUUUGUAGUGACGUUCGAAGUCGUUCGCAGAGAAUAUCGAUACUAUGCAGGUACGCGACGUGUGCAGUGUAGACACUCCGUUACUGGGUAGGAUGCGACCCACAUGUCAAUUUGUUGCACUUUUUCUUGCCGUACAUUGCUCUCAGCCUCUCGCCCUUCCCUAACAGCAUGCAGC